AUUAAGAAGAAAAACGACUUGUUAUUAUCGCGUUAGUAUUUGUAAGAUAUUAAUUGUAAAACAACUAAUGGGAAUCAAGAAUUUGUCUUGUCUUAUAUUGUUGAUGGUGUGUGCUUUUAUCCUCCUACCCAUGACUUCAGCUUCAGGAGCUAGACAAUGUUAUUUAGAACCGGUGUGUUCAAACUCAGGUACAUGCAAUGAGUUUUGCAGAUAUAAAGGAUACCCAUUAGGAGGGUUUUGUGAACGCUAUGGUAGAUCAAAGAAAGGUCACUGUUGCUGUUAUUAUAGCUUUGAAUCUCAGAAGUCUUCUAAAUCACAUGAUACUAAUUUCUAAUGUAUUCAUUAUUAAGUAAUCCAUCAUUUUAUCUGUACUAUCUAUAUCAGAAUAAUUAUAAUAAUUUUAGCUAUAUGUUUA